ACGACCUAGACGAGACGGUCCACAUUCAUUGCCUCGACUACACGACGCGUGCACAGGCUACUUACCAUUUUAUCCGUCGCCAAGCUUUUCAGUCUAGCAAAUUGGGGUCCCUACUGCAGGCCGAAAUGUUCAGAACGCUCCAUCCCGAGAAGUCGUGAAAACCGAAUUAAUGUGGCACCUGGCCUAAUCUUUCAGAAGUGCUCGACGCCGUGCGCUAUAAAGGUCUCCCCUCAUUCCUAACUGGAACCGCAACUGUUUAUUUGUUGGUGUGCAGUUGUGCUGCAGUAGUAAUCCAGUAAUCCAUGAUGGCUUGUGUCAAUAUUUCUGGGCGCCUCUACCCUGUCGAAUUGUGGAAUAUAACUGAGCCGGCGGAUGACUCGGCCGAAUGGGUGCCCGUGUUGGAUGUCUUCAAUGUUGUCGGCGCUGGCUCCAGUGGAAUGGGCAGCGUCUGGAACAACAUGGGAAUUGGUUUCAAUCUUUCGUCGUCAGCGCGCCCCGGAUUCAAAACUGAAAUAUUCCGAGAUAUUGUUUGCAUGCCCAAUCCCAAAAAGAUACUGGAGCAGUGGGAAAUCGACAAGAAUUUAGCGAUGCUCAUCAGCUAUUCAGUUAUCUUCGUCAUUGGCGUGCUUGGAAACGUCACUGCCAUGAUGGGAAUGAUCGGUGAUCGUAAAUCGCGAAACGGAACAACUCUUUUCCUGGUGUCUCUCUCAGCUGCCGACCUCCUUCUGCUGCUAGUCUGCGCUCCGCUGGAAGUAUUACAGUACUUUGUCAUCCAAUGGGACGAAGCGGGAACCAUCUGCAAGACUGCCAAAUAUGCCGAAGUUCUUUCAGCGGUCGCCUCUGUUCUCAAUCUUACGGCCGUAUCUCUAGAAAGGUUUAUAGUGAUUGUGUUUCCAAUUCGCUCGCGAUCCGUGUGCACCAUGAGCAAUUGCCGCAGAGCCGUUCUAGUCGUUUGGAUCGUUUCACUCUUGUUGACCGCGCCUGUUCUCUUCACCAAGGGGACGAAUCCGUUGACGUUCACCGACGGCGAAGAGUCUGUAACGGUUAAUUACUGCGUCGAAACGGACGGAGGAGUCGGUCUUAUCUUCGCCAUUUACCAGGCCGUUAUUCUGCUGCUAGCGCCGGGACUGGUCAUGAUCAUCUGCUACACUUAUGUCAUCCGGGAAUUGUGGCUCUCCACCCGAAAUAUGAGAGUACUUACCAACACCAACACCAAUCACGAGAGACCGUCGCGUCACCACGAGAGGCGAUGGCGCGGCGGGAGCAGCAGCAGCGGCAGUCGAUGGCCAUACAAUCAAAAGACCGGCAAUGACUCUGCGUCAUCGUCGUCGUCGGUCCCGCGAGCCGUUGCCACAACCGUCGCUGGAACUACGAUCGUCGUCGGAGCUACGGGCGUCGCCGCCGCCACCAUCCCGGGCACUUCGACUGCCCUGCUGCCAGUUCGCGGUCACGAAGCUUGUCUGCUGCCUUGUCACGGGCCGUGUGCGGCCAGUAAUCAGGCCUCGUCAUGCUGUAAAGGAUUCGCAGGCGCCGCCAGUAACGGCCAUCAUCAUCAUCAUCACCCGCCCACUAUAUCCUCGCCGGAAAACAACCCCCAUCACCGCGAGUCUCAUUUAAUACUGGCUAGGAAACAUCUCAGAGAAACAUUGAGACCUGCUCGACCUACUAUCAGAAAGAUCGGAGUCCAUCAGGCGAGAGCGGAGGAUGCCCGUAACGCCAGGAAACAGGUGAUCAAGAUGCUGAUCCUGGUGAUUGUGCUCUUCCUCAUCUGCUGGGGCUCGCGCAUCUGCAUGGAAAUCUCCAUCAAAGUGGGACUGGAGUACUUCUCGCAGGGCAUCUACUUUCUACGAGUAGUCAUCAACAUGCUACCCUACGUCCACUCGUGCUUGAAUCCCUUCAUCUACUCGCUGAUGUCGAAAAACUUCCGCCGAUCCAUGUGGCGUCGUAUCCACAGUUGUUGCUGCUGCAUCUGCGCCAACAGCUACUGCUGCUGCGUCCGGCGCCGUUGCAUCUGUCGGGCCUCCAACGCUUUCUCAUCGCCGGCCAGCAGAGCUGGGCACGAAGCUACUCUCUCCGGCGACCGAUCCCCUGGCGGUCAACACUGCCGUCAUUGUCGCCAAUUCAGCAGCCAAUACAAUUUGAACGACCUUUCCGUUGGCAUGGGAGCCGGGGUCUCUCUGAACGCGCACCAGCACGAGCGGCAGGAAGUCAACCGGGCGGCUAAUGGAUCGACGACCACGUCCAGAUUACGAGGUCUCACCUCUCGACUGGCCAGGGGUGGCAGCGGCACUUCGAGUGGUGGCAGUCCGCUCCUUCUGAUGCGUACCCUGAGUAUGAACAAUCGCUCCGUCUGCUCCACUUCAGUCAUUCCGGAAUGUACCGAGCAUUCGGAAGUUGAUUGUUGUUUGUAAAA